UCUAUCAAUAAAAUUUGUUCUAUCAAGAACAAAAUCUUCAAUUUUCGGAGUAACAGCAAAUUAUUGAUAAGUAUACGAUAUCACGCAUGGGAAAAACAAAAAAAAAGUUCGUUGGUCGCUAAACGGCCAAAAAUAGUAUUUACAUCACUUGCAGGUAAAUACCCUUAUGUUAUUUGCGAAAGUAAUAUCCCACAUCCCGCACGGCUCGGUUCGCACAAACACCACUCCAAACAACCCGCAUCGCCAAAACAAAACAAGCUGAUCGUCGGCAGUAAGUUAUAGAGCAUUUUAUGCCAUAUUUGAAAUUGAAUCUAUUCUUUAGUGUUCAGUAAGUUGUCAUCAGACAGCAUUACAGUUGGACUUACUUGUGCAUAAUUAAAACCUCUGUUUAAGCAGAUUUUAUCAUGGUUAUGUGGACCAUAUGGUGGCAUAAUUUGAGCACAUAGUCCGCAGCACGUUGAACUAAAAUAUUUCGUUUAAGAAUAGAAGUUUUUCAAAUCGGUUGAAUACGAUAUGAAGUUACAACUGUCUCAUCAUCCGAGGCGAACAGAUGCCAAGAAGGAACAUUCACAAAAAGGAACGAUGCAGAAGACUGUAGCUGACUCCAAUGAGAAUGAUGAAUUUCAUUGGGUUGAAGAUGAAGAACAAAGUUGGUCGAUAUUUAAAUGGUGCCGUCCAUCAUGCAUUUCGAUAACGUUGAUAUUUAUCCUGAUUGUGAUGGUCGUUUUGCUGCCACUGUUAGAUCACAAUGAAAAACUCUCUAAUCAACGAUCUCAUCUAAAUCGUCUGCGCAACGAUGUAUGUGCCGAGGGUUGCAACAUCCAAAUAGUGGAGAGUAUACCGGAGGGCUUAGUCUAUCCGAAAGGAAGUCCCACGUUCAUGUCCACCUAUGAAGCGUGGAAUGAUUUGAUCGGCUUGGCAAAGAGUUCUAUCGAAAUAGGAUCGUUUUACUGGACUUUACUGCGAGAAGAUGUGUACAAUCACUCGAGUGCGUGGCAAGGAGAGGAUAUCUUUAAGCUUCUUCUGGAAACGGGAUUGGCUGGCGAUGUGUCGAUCAAAAUAGCACAAAGUGCGCCUACUGCAGCUAACCCAUGUCUAGAUACCGAGGUUCUCCAUAAUAGAAAAGCCGCCGAUGUCCGAUCGGUAGAUUUCCCUCGCCUUUUUGGAGGAGGAGUUCUACAUUCAAAAGUGUGGAUUAUCGAUAGAAAGCAUUUCUAUGUCGGUAGCGCCAAUAUGGAUUGGCGUUCGCUAACACAAGUGAAGGAGCUUGGGGUACUGGCUACGAACUGUUCCUGUCUGUCGAAAGACAUUGCCAAGAUUUUCGAUGUGUACUGGGACAUGGGGGUUCCUAAUUCACAAAUUCCAAAGCAGUGGCCGGAUACUUACGCAACAAAGUACAAUGCUAACAAUACGCUUUCGGUUGAGUUCAACAACAACUUUAAGGUGGAUACUUAUAUAUCGAGUUCCCCUCCUCCUAUGUCAACAAACGGUCGCAGUCACGAUAUAGAUGCCAUUAUCAAUGUCAUUCAAAAAGCUGAAAAGUUUAUCCACAUAUCUGUGAUGGAUUAUGUCCCUUUGACACUAUACACACCUAAAACUCACUACUGGCCAAUCAUAGAGGAUGCUCUUCGUCGUGCGGCAAUCGACCGGAGAAUUUCCGUACGAUUACUCAUUUCUUAUUGGAAGCACUCCCGGGAUUCCGAAAACCACUUCCUCAGCUCGAUCGAAGCACUUUCCAAUUGUAUGAAAGGGGUAAACAUAGAAGUCAAGCGAUUUGUAGUUCCGGCAACAGAGGACCAAGAAAAAAUACCCUUUGGAAGAGUCAACCACAACAAGUAUAUGGUAACUGACAACACUGCCUACAUCGGGACAUCCAACUGGUCCGGGGACUAUUUCAUUGACACGGCUGGAAUAGGACUAGUCAUGUCUUCGUUCAUGCCGAACGGUACCAUUGUGAGCGAUCUCCAAGCCAUUUUUGAAAGAGAUUGGACUAGUGAAUACGCCAUUAGAUUAGAUUAGUUUAUCAUUAAUCUUAUUUCUGUGGUUUAAUUUGUAUUUUAUACAUUUAAUUUUAUUUCCUAAAUAAAUGCAUCAUACUGAG